AUGCGCGUUGGUGAUGGCGAAAAGCAAAGUAGCUCCCUUAAAAUACCAAUCGAUACCACGGAUGGAGCUGCAAUGCUGGGAGCAAGAAUUAUGCGCACUGUUUGUGAAAUUCAUACUCUUUCGACUGCGGAGAAGUUCAUACACACGGAUGCGGAAGUAGUACUGUCCUGGAUACGGUCGCAGCACCGAAACUACAAGCAGUUUGUCGCAUUCAGAGUCGGCGAGAUUCUUUCACUGACCGAGCCCGAUAAUUGGCGGUAUGUGCCUUCAAAGGACAAUGUAGCGGACUGUCUAACAAAAUGGUGCAAAGAUACAGAUCCUAGCUCCAACGAAAGGCGGCUCAGAGGACCAAAAUUUCUCCAUCAUCCUGAAGAAUGCUGGCCAAAGCAAAAGAAAAUAAUAGACACUUCUGAAGAGCUGAGAGCCCAUAUCCUACUGCAUCACAUUACGGUCCCUGGACCUCUGAUAGACAUCGGACGCAUCUCAAAGUGGACUGUGCUACUGCGAGUCAUAGCAUUCGUGAGUCGCUUCGCAUCUAACUGUCAUCGUAAGAAGGCCGGGCUUCCGAUAGAAACGAUCAAAGCCACCAAGGCACAGCGAAAGCUUAUACUACGUUCCCUACCAGCAAGCGCAGUCCCUCUGCGCCAGCAUGAGUAUCAACAAGCAGAACGGUCCCUGUUUCGAGUGGCACAAACUGAAAGCUACCCCGAUGAAACUAGAACUUUACUGAGUAACCGAGACGUGUCACAAUCGAACAAAUGGGUUAGUAUCGAAAAACCGAGCCCUUUGUAUAGGAUGUCGCCAUUCGCUGAUGAGUUCGGGGUAAUUCGAGUGGAAGGAAGGACAGCGAACGCUAGCUUUGCCGCGUUUGAUGCCCGUUUCCCCAUAAUACUACCAAAGGAUCAUCUGAUCACUAAAUUACUACUAAACGACUAUCAUUGCCUGUACGGACACGCAAAUCGCGAGACAGUCGUCAAUGAAGUACGUCAACGUUUCCAUAUAUUUAAUUUGCGAUCGUCAAUCGACAAAGUUAUGAGAAAUUGUCAGCGUUGCAAGGUAACAAAAUGCCAACCCGUGAACCCUCGGAUGGCACCACUGCCGGAGGCACGUUUGAUGCCAUUCGUCAAAUCAUUCAGUUAUGUUGGUAUCGAUUAUCUCGGCCCAGUGGAGGUAACAGUUGGUCGUUGCAAGGAAAAACGAUACGUGGCCGUCUUCACGUGUUUAGUUGUUCGUGCUGUUCAUUUGGAGGUUACACACAAUUUAUCCUCCGAUUCCUGCAUAAUGGCUAUCAGAAGAUGUGUUCGCAGACGAGGAUCGCCGGUGGAAAUAUUUUCAGACAACGGCACCAAUUUUGUCGGCGCGAGCAAUGAGCUGGCUGCACAAAUUCUGAAUAUUCACAACGACUGCGCAGAGACUUUUACUGAUGCACGCACUAAGUGGUCAUUCAAUCCCCCUUGGGCACCCCAUAUGGGUGGCAUAUGGGAGCGAAUGGUGAGAAGUGUAAAGUAA